AUGGCUGCUGCUCCAAGUGGAAAAACAUGGAUUGAUGUCCAAAAAAAGACUUUUACAGGUUGGGCAAAUAAUUAUUUAAAAGAAAGAAUUUUAAAGAUUGAAGAUCUUGCAACAAGUUUAGAAGAUGGUGUACUUUUAAUUAAUCUUUUAGAAAUUAUUUCAAGUAAAAAGAUUUUGAAAUAUAACAAAGCUCCAAAGAUUAGAAUGCAAAAGAUUGAAAACAACAAUAUGGCCGUUAACUUUAUCAAGAGUGAAGGUUUGAAAUUGGUUGGUAUUGGUGCUGAAGAUAUCGUUGAUAGUCAAUUGAAAUUAAUUCUUGGUUUAAUUUGGACCUUGAUUUUACGUUAUCAAAUUCAAAUGUCUGAAAGUGAUAACUCACCAAAAGCAGCUCUCUUGGAAUGGGUUAGAAAGCAAGUUGCCCCAUACAAGGUUGUUGUAAACAAUUUCACAGACUCAUGGUGUGAUGGUCGUGUUCUCUCUGCUCUCACUGAUUCCCUCAAACCAGGUGUUAGAGAGAUGUCAACCCUCACCGGUGAUGCCGUUCAAGAUAUCGACAGAUCCAUGGAUAUCGCUCUUGAAGAAUAUGAAAUCCCAAAGAUUAUGGAUGCCAAUGAUAUGAACUCUCUUCCAGAUGAAUUAUCAGUCAUCACCUACGUCUCUUAUUUCCGUGAUUAUGCACUCAACAAAGAAAAGAGAGAUGCUGAUGCUUUAGCUGCCCUCGAAAAGAAACGUCGUGAAACUUCAGAUGCCAGCAAGGUUGAAGUUUAUGGUCCAGGUGUUGAAGGUGGUUUCGUUAAUAAAUCCGCCGAUUUCCACAUUAAAGCCGUCAACUACUAUGGUGAACCAUUAGCCAACGGUGGUGAAGGUUUCACUGUUAGCGUCGUUGGUGCCGAUGGUGUUGAAGUCCCAUGCAAAUUGGUUGACAACAAAAAUGGUAUCUAUGAUGCUUCAUACACUGCUACCGUUCCACAAGACUACACUGUCGUCGUUCAAUUAGAUGAUGUCCACUGCAAAGACUCACCAUACAACGUUAAGAUUGACGGUUCAGAUGCUCAACACUCAAAUGCCUACGGUCCAGGUUUAGAAGGUGGUAAAGUUGGUGUUCCAGCUGCUUUCAAAAUCCAAGGUCGUAACAAGGAUGGCGAGACCGUCACUCAAGGUGGUGAUGAUUUCACCGUCAAAGUUCAAUCACCAGAAGGUCCAGUCGAUGCUCAAAUCAAAGACAAUGGUGAUGGUUCAUACGAUGUUGAAUACAAACCAACCAAAGGUGGUGAUCACACUGUCGAAGUUUUCCUCCGUGGUGAACCAUUAGCCCAAGGUCCAACCGAAGUUAAGAUCCUCAACUCUGACUCUCAAAACAGUUAUUGUGAUGGUCCAGGUUUCGAAAAAGCCCAAGCUAAACGUCCAACUGAAUUCACUAUUCACUCUGUUGGUGCUGAUAAUAAACCAUGUGCUGCUGGUGGUGAUCCAUUCCAAGUAUCCAUCAGUGGUCCACACCCAGUCAACGUUGGUAUCACCGAUAAUGACGAUGGUACUUACACUGUUGCCUACACUCCAGAACAACCAGGUGACUACGAAAUUCAAGUCACCCUCAAUGAUGAAGCCAUCAAGGAUAUUCCAAAAUCAAUUCAUAUUAAACCAGCUGCUGAUCCAGAGAAAUCAUACGCUGAAGGUCCAGGUUUAGAUGGUGGUGAAUGUUUCCAACCAAGCAAAUUCAAGAUUCAUGCAGUUGAUCCAGAUGGUGUACACCGUACUGACGGUGGUGACGGUUUUGUCGUUACCAUUGAAGGUCCAGCUCCAGUCGAUCCAGUUAUGGUCGAUAAUGGUGAUGGUACAUAUGAUGUUGAAUUUGAACCAAAAGAAGCCGGUGACUAUGUUAUCAAUCUCACUUUAGAUGGUGACAACGUCAAUGGUUUCCCAAAGACUGUUACCGUUAAACCAGCCCCAUCCGCUGAACACUCUUAUGCUGAAGGUGAAGGUUUAGUCAAAGUAUUUGAUAAUGCCCCAGCUGAAUUCACUAUUUUCGCCGUUGACACUAAAGGUGUUGCUCGUACCGAUGGUGGUGAUCCAUUUGAAGUCGCUAUCAAUGGUCCAGAUGGUUUAGUCGUUGAUGCCAAAGUUACCGAUAACAAUGACGGUACUUAUGGUGUUGUCUAUGAUGCCCCAGUUGAAGGUAACUACAAUGUUAAUGUCACCCUCCGUGGUAAUCCAAUCAAAAAUAUGCCAAUCGAUGUCAAAUGCAUUGAAGGUGCCAAUGGUGAAGAUUCAUCAUUCGGUUCAUUCACUUUUACCGUCGCUGCUAAAAAUAAGAAAGGUGAAGUUAAAACCUAUGGUGGUGAUAAAUUUGAAGUCUCUAUCACUGGUCCAGCUGAAGAAAUCACUCUCGAUGCUAUUGAUAACCAAGAUGGUACUUAUACUGCCGCUUACUCUUUAGUUGGUAAUGGUCGUUUCUCAACUGGUGUCAAAUUAAACGGUAAACACAUUGAAGGUUCUCCAUUCAAACAAGUACUUGGUAACCCAGGUAAAAAGAAUCCAGAAGUUAAAUCUUUCACUACUACUCGUACUGCCAAUUAA